AUGGAAAAACACUUAACAUUCAUUCAGUCGCCUACUACAGGCGCAGACGUCAGCCAGCAUCGCGAACACGUUGACGACUACUGCAGCAGCCAACAUCGUGCCACUGACUUAGCAUUGCGACCACAGCAGCACUCCGUUGGCGUGACCAUCUCACAGCCGUCAACCUGUGCUGUGACAGAAAUGGUGUGCGAGGCUGGUCUCCUGGUGGUAACGGUGAGCACAAGUAUUGAGGUAGGUGCGGAGUAA